GAGCUAUAUAUAUAUAUACAUGGCUUUUAUGAGUGAUAACCACAGAUAUAAUAUAUAUAUUAUUUAUUAGUCAUGGUGAUAAAGAUAACCAUUUAAAUCGUGGUUCGUGGUGAUAGUGAGAGGCCGCACUUCGCGGGACGACGUUCGAACCAUGGCCAAAUAUAUUGUGCAAAUAAUAAUCAUCGGCUCUCAAAUAGUCGGCAAGGCACUGACCAAAGCUCUCAAACAGGAAUACGCCGCUAGCCAGGAGGCCGCUCGCAGGGCUGGUGGAGGACGUGCCGGCGCAGCGCACGCCGCGGCCAAUGCCAAGGCCGGCAUCACGUUGGAGGAGGCCAAACAGAUAUUGAACGUCCGAGAUAUGACACAAGAUGAAAUCCAGAAAAGAUAUGAGUAUUUAUUCAAAAUAAAUGACAAAUCACUAGGUGGUUCAUUUUACCUGCAGUCAAAAAUAUACAGAGCUAAAGAAAGGCUAGACAAAGAAAUUUCCAAUAAGAGUGAAAAAGCAUAGAUAAUCUAGAGUAGGUAACUGAUAUGUUAUUUUUAUGUGUUAAUAAGCAUGUAUAAUAUUGUUGUAACAAAAUAAAAUGAAUAAAAUAAAUACAAUUGUUUUCUAAUUUAGAUAUUUAGUUAAUUGUACCAAAAUAUAUAAUAUACAGCAAACCUGAAAA